CACGCCCAGCAACAAACCGCGCAUCCGGACCUUCUCUCUGGCCCUGAUCCGCUCACAUCUCUCUUCCUCUUCCUCGCCCUCCCUCCCUCCUUGAGGCCGAUCAACUCACCAAGACCUCGUUGCGUCCCUGCAUUGCUGUUCACCGCGUCGCAUCCACCUCCGUCCUGCCUCCGUCCUCUCCCUGUUGGCCUCGAAUCCCACGAUGCAUGAGCGUCUAACGUGCGACGACCUCCAUACUGCUCCUCUCUUCGCGACGGGCGCGACACUGACGACCCUCCCGUGAAGAGUGUCGCCCCUCUUCCCUCCUGACAUGCUUUAUCAAUUGUCCCCGAUCUCAUCUCUGCGACUGGAUGGCAUAACGGCCAAACGCCCGCCCAUAUGGAUCCCCUCCACAUCACCGAAUUCGCCUCGGAGCGAUACUUCAGCAAAUUAAGACAAUUGAAUGAGAAUGCUGAGAAUGCUGCCAAUGCCAGCAGUUCUACCGGCCCAGCGGUGGCCCCGAAUGCCCCUCUGCCGCCCUCAUCACAGCAACCGACUUUCACGCUUCCCUUAGGGAACCCGCGACAGCGACAAGUCGAGAAUGAGACCAUCCCUCUCCGUACUAGCGAUCAGAAGAAGCGAUCACUUGGGCACGACCUUACAUCCUUACGGACUCAGCGACGUCCCAGCUUUAGCGGAUCCUUUGGUAGUUUGCGUUCCAAAGUUUCCGUAAUCCAUAAGACACCGUCGAUCGCGGAGCAACAUGAGCAAGUCCUUGCAGAAGAGGAUAGGCCCUCUCAGGCUCUAACCCUGGCCGACCUCUUUCUGGCCCUCCCUAACGAGCUCCAAGAACACAUCAUCGCUCCCCUUCCAAUACAUGACAUACUGAGUUUACGAUUGGUCUCGAAAUCAUUCCACGGCCUAGUGGCCCUCAACGAGUCUCCAAUUGCACGGUAUCAUGUGGCACAUAGUCUUCCACCAUAUGCGUUGCGGCUAUAUCCCGUACCGAACCGUACGGAUAUCAACCUUCAUUAUCUUUGCAGCAUCUGGCAUCGCCUUCAUGUCUCGUCGAAAUUAUCGGCCAUGAUUGCCCGGCAAGCGGUCAAAGAGAUCUUCCUCCGAACAACACCAGCACAGCUAAAGGAAUUCGAACCACAACACCGACGUAUGCGUCAACGGCUCAUGCCUCUUGUCUUUACACUUUUUCAUUUCUUCGAAACCUAUCGAGACCUUCAUGUUCGACAUCUUCUUGCCAACGGCACUCCAUUAAACCAGCAAGCAUUCGUGUUAAACCCCAUCGAGUGUCAAAUCAUGGCAAUGUAUGAUGACCAAACUCUUCUUAAAGUCCACCAGGCUUGGACUCUCAUAAUAUCUUCUUUCUCGCGGCGCCUGAGGCCGCCGUCCUAUGCAGGCCGUAUUGAACGUUCUAUCAAGGGUUAUCUCAAGGACCGACCCCCAGAUGAGGUAUAUACUACUAUUCUCAUGAUAGGAGGGUUGCGCCAGGCGCAACGGUUUUGGGAGACGAAGCGUUACAACAUCCGGCGUGCAGCAGUGGAUACUUGGUACAGUCUUGUCACCCGUAGUCCCGUCGAACCAACUCCGAAGUCGAAGAUGUCAUUGAUAACACAUCUGGGGCGGAAGAAGGCCACACCGGCACCCGAGGCAACCAGCGCAGAAGGAGCAGGCCAUGAUGCGACGAGCUGCAAUGAAUGGUUCUGCGUCAAGCCGACAUGCCAAGCUGCUCGACGACGGCAUUCGACCGAUAACUUGGUCUUCCACAGUAGUCUUGCAGCUGGACCGCCGAUGAGCCCCCUACCACGUGAUCAACUGCAACUCCUCCUUCCAGAUCUCCAACACCUGGCGAAUAUCUGGAUCCACACGGCCGAGGCCUUGAUCCUGGAGAGGAAGAUUGUGGAGCGGCCACAGGACAUCAAACGGAAUACUCAGGUUCUCUUGGAAUUAAUCAGGGAUGAUGGGACGGACGGGAUAGGCGAGUGGUCCUCGGGCAACCCUCGUACACAGCAUAUGGACGCGCAGGAGGCUUCCGGGGAUGUAUCGGACUAGUCGGCACCUAAGCAUUUGGAUGGCGUUUUUUUGAGCGGGGCUUUUUAUAUACGUAGGAAAGGGGGACGGUUCGGGGGUCAUAGGCGUCUGGUUAUAAGGGGAAAGGGGGCAUUUAUAGAUAUCAGAUAUACGUUCUCAUGCGCACACACACACAUGAUGCACAAAAUAAAAUCUUUCAACGACAAACAAUGAAUAAAUCCCU